GAGUCGAUGUGCAGGAAGAAAUAACACAAGAGGAUGAUCCCGAAAGAUCUCUUUUUAUUCUCAAGUCAUUAUAUACAAAACAUUGUAGUUUUCAUCUUGAUGAUUGUGUGUUGUUACCAGAAGACCUUCAUUUAGUACUUAAUGAUACACUUUAUCGUCAUUGGGCUUUACUAUGCGCUUCAGAUGACGAUAUUGAUGAAACUGAUUUGCCUGUCGCGGAAGAAUUAGAUGAAUUUUCCAAGAGUCAUGCUGUCAAAGUUUAA